AACUACAGAGUAGGGAGAAAACAACUGAGAGCUCGAGACUGUUAUUUUCUUUUGGAGCAACAGCACCGUUAGGCUACUCAGUCAGCUGUUGCUUAGAGUACUCUACAUUUGAUCUAUCUAUUUCUACAAAUUAAAAAACUUCAACAUUCAGCCUUUCAUCACUGAAAGUCAAUAGAAUAAUCUAGCUCUAGAUACUGAUUUCAUCAGGAGCUUUUUUCUCAGAUUUUCUCACGAUGAAUGUCUCCCAGACAAUGGAGACGGAGGAGGAUCUCCUGACUCGUCUCCGCGUCCAACUGUACCACCCUCAGCAGAGUUGUAAGGGCCUUUUCGGGCUGCUUCCUCUGGGGACCAAGAGCAAACACUCGGCAGAUGAGCCUCUCAGGCUGGGACGUGACGUCCAGAGCUGCACUUUCGCCCUGGUCGACGCCCGGGUGUCCCGCAGGCAGCUGGCCCUCCACGCCUACCGCACCCCCCAGAGCCCAGACUUGCUGUUCGCCAUCCAGAACCUGAGCCAGAGGGGGCGGCUGUCGGUGAACAGCUCGGCGCUGGGCUACCUGGAGAGGAUGGAUCUCCCGGACAAGGCCCUGGUCCGGUUCGGAGAGUAUGAGAUGCUGAUCUUCCGUGAGUCUGGCGAGGCCAAGGGGAGCUUCGAGGUGGAGUUUGAGGUGCUGCCAGUGUCUCCGUCCAGAGAGACAUGCAUGUAUGUGCCUAGUAUGAGCCCUGUCAUGGAAACAGGCUCACCUGUGAUCAACAGUCUUCCAGGUGAACUCAGAGUAGGCCUCCUUGGCCCCCUUGAGACCGACGAGACUCUCAUGUAUAAUUCCUGAUGUGACUUUUAACUUUGUUAUUGACUUGCAUUUGAUGCAAUACAAAUGACAAUGUGGAGUUGUUAGAGUUAAGGCAGGCUAGACUUGAUCCCUCCUUGUAAUGUGAAAUCAUAGUAUUAAUAUUUAGGUAUUAUUUUGCACCCUGUUACUCUAUUUCUCCAUGUAUCGGUUAAAAAGCUGUGAUCUUAUUAUAAUAACAGCUACUUUUAAAUUAUAAUACAGCUAUUUGUUUCUACAUUUUCAACUUGAGCACAUUAAAGUGUCUUUUUGUAAACAU